GGGGUUUAUUUACUUUUGUAUAUUUUCUUAUGACAAAGCCAAAGAUUAUUAUGAUUGAGAAUGUGAUGGAUUAAGUUAUUCAUUGUUAAAUCUCAAUUUGUAGGUUGAAUCCUCUCUAUCACAAAAUUAUUGAAUUGAUUUUGGACAUGAGGCUGAUUAAUAAAGUUAAACUUAUAAUGACUCAGAAGAAUCAGAUUAGAUGGGGUCACUAUUUGAAAAAUUAACAUGGCUUUCAUCAUAAUUCUUUUGAUAAUCUAAGAACUUAUUUUGAUUAUUUUGGGGAUUCUUAAUUAUUUAAGACUACUUAAAUUUUUCUUUUUUUGAGCUGCUCAUUUAUUCAAAAAUAUUUAUUACUAUAAAUAUCAAAAAUAUUGCAAUAAUUUAACAGAAUGUUUUUAAUUACCAUUCUUAUGAAUUAGUUUAAUAAUUAAUGA